AAAUAAUUCCCUCAAAACUCCACCGACCCAUGCCCUCUCCCUUGGGGUCGCCCACGAGCUCCCGGUCUGUAACCCAGACCGUCAAUGGCUCCCACCGCUUCACAAUCAAGGGCUAUUCCUUAGCCAAAGGCAUGGGCGUUGGCAUACACAUAGCCAGCGAGACCUUCACCGUUGGAAGUUAUCAAUGGGCAAUUUACUUUUACCCAGAUGGCAAAAACUCUGAAGAUCAUUCUACCUACGUCUCGGUUUUCGUGGCUUUAGCAAGCGAAGGCACGGAUGUUAGAGCCCUUUUCGAGUUAACUCUUUUGUACCAAAGUGGGAAAGGGAAACAUAAAGUUCAUAGCCAUUUCGAUCGAGCUCUCGAGAGCGGCCCGUAUACGCUUAAGUAUAGGAGAAGUAUGUGUUUGUUGGCUUUGCUGCACUUCAUCUACAGAGACAGCCUUAUUGAUGAUGAGGAGUUUGCUGGGACUAGUUCAUCUUGUAUGCCAUCCAUACCUGAUGCAUUAACAGAAAAAUUGUUUGCAGCAGCAGAAAAAUAUGACUUGCCUAGACUUAGACUGAUGUGUGAGUCUGUACUCUGCAAGGACGUAUCUGUGAACUCAGUUGCAAACAUUUUAGCCCUUUCCGAUCAUCAUCAUGCUAUGGAUCUAAAAGCUGUUUGCUUAAAAUUCGCUGCUGAAAAUCUUGUUGCUGUUAUGCGCUCAGAUGGUUUCGAGUAUCAUAAAGAAAACUGCCCGUCACUGCAGUCGGAGAUACUCAAGACAGUUGCAGGAUGCGAGGAAGAAUUCAGCGGUGAGGGAAAGAGCCGAAGCGUGUGGGCACAGUUUUCUGAUGGUGGUGAUACGAUUAACAGGAGUGUAAGGCAACAAACGUGGGAAAAUGGAGGGGAACAAAAUGAAGGUGUGUGGGUUCAGCUUGAAGAAGGUGGCGGCGAAGGGAGUCCAAGGCAAGAAGAAUAA